AUGUUUGCAGCCUACUUUGAUUGCCCAGGAGGCCCAGAAAAUCUCUAUAUGAAAGAAGUGAUGAAACCAAAUCCAGGAGAAGGAGAAGUUCUUGUGAAGGUCUCUGCCAGUGCUCUGAAUAGGGCUGAUUUACUCCAGAGGAGAGGGAAGUACCCUCCCCCCAAAGGAGCAAGUGACAUUUUGGGCCUGGAAGCAGCUGGGAGCGUGGCCGGGCUGGGUCCCGGCUGCUCGGGCCGCUGGAGGAUCGGCGAUGCAGUGAUGGCUCUGCUGCCCGGGGGCGGCCAGGCACAAUUCGUGACAGUGCCCGAAGGCCUCCUGAUGCCAAUCCCCAAAGACAUGACUUUUAUCCAGGCUGCAGCCAUUCCUGAGGCCUGGCUAACAGCAUUUCAGCUGCUCCAUUUUGUAGGUAAAGUACAGGAGGGUGAGAGAGUGUUGAUCCACGCUGGAGCCAGCGGGGUUGGCAUGGCAGCCAUUCAGCUGGUGAGACUGGCCAAGGCCAUUCCCAUUGUGACAGCAGGAACUCAGGAGAAACUGGAAGCAACAGCAAACGCCGGAGCGGCUGCAGGGUUCAACUACAAGAAUGAAGACUUCAGUGAAAAGGUCUUGAAGUUCACCCAAGGUUCUGGAGUAGAUAUUAUUUUAGAUUGUGUUGGGGCCUCAUACUGGGAGAAGAAUCUCAACUGUCUGAGCACUGAUGGCCGGUGGAUCAUUUAUGGACUGCUGAGUGGAGGUGAAGUCCAUGGGGAUCUGCUGGCAAGGCUGAUUUCCAAAAGAGCCAGCAUCCACACCAGCCUGUUACGGUCCCGAGACAAGGAGUACAAGGAGCGGCUGGUGAGAGCCUUCACAGAGGAGGUGCUGCCCCAUUUUUCCGGAGAGGCUUCCCCGCGGCUGCAGCCCCUCGUGGACAGCGUUUACCCCCUGCACGCCAUCGCUGAGGCACACAGGGCUAUGGAGGAGAACAGGAACAUCGGCAAAAUCGUCAUCGAAAUUCCCGUUUGCGGCAAGAAGGGGCCGCCGCAGUAGCUGCUCUGGGACAGUCACUGCGGGGGCCGCACUGCGGCCAUCCCGCCGCGUCUGCUCCACACCGGGAC